CAUUAGAAUAAAUAAUCAUGGCUGCGCAAGGAAAUCGUGGAGUUUCUAGAGUUUUACAAAAGUUGGAAAAAUCGGUUACUGAUGGAAAUUAUUAUGAAGCCCAUCAGAUGUAUAGAACAUUAUAUUUCAGAUAUUUAGGACAGAAAAAAUAUAAAGAAUUAAAAGAUAUGCUAUAUAAUGGUUCCCUAUUAUUUCUAGAACACGAUCAGCAGUUGAGUGGAGCAGAUUUGGCUAUACUGUUGAUAGAAGUUUUGGUUAAAUCAGAGGAAGAUGAUUGUUUAACUUGGACUCCAAAACUCACUAAAAUAUUCAGUAAAAUAAGCCCGUCUACACCUGAGAGGGACACUUACUUGGCACAUGCAAUACGUUGGUCUUCAAAAGGAGGUUCUUAUGGUCAUCCAUUUUUACAUCAGAGUAUUGCUUUAAUAUAUUGGGAAGAAAAGAAUUAUGCCGAGGCAAGGCACCACUUUAUUUAUUCUCAAGAUGGGAAAAGUUGUGCAAAACUUCUUAUAGAAUUUCAAAGAACUCAGGGAUUUAAAUGUGAGGCAGACUUAUUUAUAGCUCAAGCAGUGUUACAAUACUUAUGCUUAAAAAAUAAAAGCACCGCAAAUCAGACAUUUACAAGUUAUACAGAACAACACCCAAGAAUUAGAAAAUCAGGUCCGCCCUAUCUCCUGCCUUUACUCAAUUUUAUUUGGUUUUUACUACAAGCCGUAGAAAGUCAAAAGUUACAAACCUUCGCUGUUCUGUGCGAGCAGUACGAGCCGUCGAUAAAAAGGGAUCCGUGUUACGUGCAGUACUUGGAUAAGAUAGGACAAAUAUUUUUCGGCUUAAAGCCACCACAGCAGCAAAGAGGCGGUCUACUGGGUAACUUUAUAGAGAGUUUUAUUAGUGGUUUAGACGAUGACAGUGAUGACGAGGUUCCGCAAGCCUCCACCUCAAAUUCAAACUCAUCUAGUAGGCCAAUAAUAGAGAACGCAGAUUUAGACUAAUACAGGUUAACGUACGUGAGGACAGUGUAUAGGUAUUUCGAUGUUUUUGUAUGAUUUUAGUAAAAAAGAAAUUGUAAAUAUGCAUAGGGAUUUGUCACCUACUCUUACAAUAUUUAUCUGGGGCAGUGUAAGUUAUAUGUUUCGAAAAAUUCUAUUAUUAUGACUACUUUAAAACAUCAGUAAUUUCUAUUGACAUAUAAUAUUAAUUUCAUUGAUAUACAGGAAGUGGUUUUUGCAUUUUUAAGAUAUACGUAAAAAUGGUGGUAUACACUUUUAAAAUUAACCUUGACUAUAUUGACUAUUGAUUUUUAAAAUAACACCACAUUUUCAGAUAAAUGCGUAAUCUGAAACUUCAUUAUUUGUCUCAAAUAGAUGAAAGAACUUCAUAAAUCGCAAGUAAUAAUAGCAACGAUAAAAAUAAUUUUUGUGAUAAAUUCUGCUUUUACACAAAUACAACACAAAAUAUUCUAUACUCUUCAUAUUUUUAAAUUAACGACAGUUACGCGAAAUUUUAUCUGAACCACCGCUUUUGAUUUAUUGAUAUUUAAAAAAUAUAUAAAACAUUUUUAUUAUUAUAUACUGCUUUGUGAAAGAUAACGAUAUUUAUUGGUUUUAUAUCAUUUCUAGGAAAGCAUAAUUGCAUAUUAAAAUUUGUUACAUUGUUGAGAUAUAGGUGAAAAAUAGUUUACUUAAAAUAUAUAUUAGGACAGAGCGAAAAAUCUUAUGCACAUUUAUUACACCUUGCGUUAAAGUUGAUUGUCACAUAUUUUGAGUUUUUUUUGUAAGUUUCCUCAGUCUUGAAAAUGUGAUAAAAUUUAAAAUUUACUUCCAAAAGGUGAGGAUCGUUUUGUACACUAAAAACCAUGAAAUUAUGUGAUGGAAGAUUUUGCAGUUCUAUAAAAUAUGAAGAGUAUCAGGAAUUGCUGCAAAUAGGUAUAAGCUAAAAUUGUUGAAAAACUGAAAGAUGUACAAAUUAGAAAAUGUAUUAUCAAAAUUAGUUAAAUAGUCAUUGGUAAUCACAUAUAUACAACACUUAGUAUUUUUUAUAUUUUUAAUUUUUCUUUUAAGAUCCGUAAUAUCAUUUUAUUAGAAGCCAAUUAUGCAAUUUUUUGUCAAAAAAAAUAACUAAACAGGUAUGAAGUUCACUUUAUAUAACCAAAUAACUAUAUCUGAUAUUAAUUGCUAUAAUUUAUAA